AUGUCGGAUAACGAGGACCUUGAGGAUCAGAUAGCUGAUCAGCAUGCUGAUGAAGACGGGGGAGAGGCAGCUGCUGAGGGCGACGGGGGUGAGGCGGCUGCGCUAGUUGAAGGCGAAGCGGAUGAGGAAGAAGAAGCGGAGUUCCAGGAUUCCUCGGAGGAGGAUGACGACGAGGAGCAAAACGAAUAUGAAGCCGAUGGAUUCAUUGUUGACGAACCUGAAGAGGAGGAAGAAGAAGAGGAGGAAAGGCGCGAGGCUCCCAGAAGGAGGAAGCGAAAAAAACGGGAGCGCCAGCUCCGCCUUGACGAUGACGACUAUGACCUUCUGGAGGAGAACCAAGUACAGGGGAUCCGCCGGCCCACUGGACGGAAGCGCUUGAAGAGCAAAGCAGAAGAUGCGCGAAAAGCAAACGACGCCGCGGAUAUCCAGAAGGAACUUUUUGGCUAUGAAGAGCUGGAGGACGAGGUGGAGGACGCGGGCGGCCGCGAAGACCGGAGGGACACCUACGAGCAGGGCGGUGAGGAGGAUUUUGAUGAUCUUGAUGAGCAAGAUGAGAUGGCGGAUUUCAUUGUGGAAGGCGAUGAUGGCGCACCGCGUCGACGUCACCGGCGGCGAGCAGCUGAAAUCCCGGGGGUCAGCAGCCGAGCUAUGCAGGAUGCCUUUGACAUUUUCGGUGACGUGGACGCGCUCAUGGAGAUGUACAGCGCCGCCCGGCAGAGGCCAGCGGGGCCAGCGGACGGGGGGGAUGUGGGUUUGGAUGCUGAGGGGGCGCUGGAAGACGAGGAGGACGAGUACUUGGAGGACGAGGAUGAGGCUGCGGCGGAGGCGCGACGGCAGCGGCGGCAGCAGCGCCAAAGGGAUAAGACGUACAAGCAGGCUAUGAAGGUGAUGGAUCCCGAGCAGCUGGCGCGAGCGCACCUUCGUCCCGAGGACCAGGAGAUUAAGGACCGGGAUAUCCCGGAGCGGCUGCAGGAGGUGUUGGGACUGGACGGCGGCGCGGGUGGCGCAGCCGCCGGUGCUGGAUUCGGUUUGGAUCUGGACGCGGCGGCGGAUUGGAUCUACACGACCAUGCGGGAUAACAACACCCCGGAGUGGCAGUUGCUGGCGCGGGGGGUGGAGGAGAUUGACGGCACAUACGACUCGUCCACUGCCAGCGGCCGACUGGACGAUCCCCACGCCGGGGAGCACCGUGGCGAGGUGGAGGGGGAGGACGUGCUGGGGGGGCCGCGGGAGGUGCUGUUGCGGCUCAGCUUCCAUCGAGCCGUGCUGAUGCCUCGUUCCGAAGUCGGCAUGAAGGGCUGGAGCGAGGAGGAGAUACGGCACGGACGAGUACGGCAGGCGAUACGGCAGGUCCUGACGCAGUUUUUCGAGCGGCAUGAGGAGGUUCCCGUUGUGGCCAUGUACCGCAAGGAGCUGGCGGGGCCGCUGCUGGCCAUGGCGGCGGACGACGUGCCGCUGGUGACCACACAGGAGGAGCUAGAGCGACAACGGGGGGUGCGCUGCAAACAGAGUUACGACCAGGGCUUCGUACAGCCGCAUCAUCGGCGCAUUCGCAGGUGGGCGGUACUGUGGGCCGUGUUCGAUUUGGCGCUCAAGUUCCGUUCCCUCACGCAGCGUCGGGAAAGAGCCGCCGCCGCUCUGGCUCGAUCCCGGGACCUGCUGCACUCUAUGAUGGUGGAUAUUGACCCGCUCGGGGAGCGAGCGGCUCAGCUGGAUUUUGACCUGCGUGCGUUGGACGAGUGCCAGGACGCGUUACAGACCGCCGGUAGCUCUGAGGCGCUGGCUGAUGUGCAGCAGCGCAUGAGUCAGGUGCUGUCCGCCUACCCCGAGGAGCUUGUUUCGGAUUUCUGUCUGACUUCCCCGCAGUUUGUCGCCAACCUAGCUGACGCGGGUCAGGGGGGCCCGGUGCACGAGCCGCCCACCCCGGGGGGGUCCGUCCUGGACUGGGCGACGUCGGCGCUGGAGUCGUUCAAAGCGAGACACCCAGAGGUGUGUUAUGAGAAUGUCGCCAUCUCGUCCUUCACAGCCGACAACCUCGUGAGCCAGGUCCGCGCCGCUGCGGUGGCCAACCUGGUCAACGACGCGGGAGUGCGCACCUUCCUCCGCAACGAGUUCUUCCGCUUUGCAGUGGUGUCCUCGGACGCGACGGAGGCGGGCCAGGCGGUGCUAGACCCCUUCCACAAGUACGCUCUGGCUGCCCGCCUCCGCAAGAAGCCGCUCCACUCUUUUGGUGGCUCUGACCUGAUGUUGCGGCUGGAGGAGGCGAACCGGGAGCGCCUGGCCAACCUGCUGCUGCACCUGGAGAAGGGACAGCAGGAGAAGCUAGUGGGGGAUGUGGCGGAGCUGUACCAGUCUAGUGAUCGAGCUGCUGUCGCCCAGCAGUGGAACACCCUGCGGCUGGAGAUCGUCAAGUCGGCUCUGGAGCAGCACCUGCUGCCGGCCUUCAGAACGCACUUCCAGGCCAAGCUGUUGGCGGAUGCCCGGGAGUCCGCGCUGCGGCAGUACUCGGACGCCCUGUGGCAGGUGGCCACAGCGGGUCCUCUGCGCCUGCCCCUGGCGGAUGCGGAGGACGAGUUCCUCACAAACCCACGGCUGUGUAUCGUUGUGUACGGCAACCAGGAGGUCAACCCCGCCACGGGUCAGCCCAACAACACGGCGGUUGUGUUCCUCAACGAGUUGGGCAACCUGGUGGACUUCUUCUUCGCGGGGCAGUUGUCUGGCAACCUGAGACGGAGCGGGCAGGGCGCAGGGGCCGUGUUCACUGACCCGGCGAAGGCGAGCACGUGUGUGUGCUCCAAGGACGCUAACCGCAUUCGUGAGAAGCUGUUGGAGCACCUGCCCCACGCCGUGCUGCUGCACGAGGACAUCAGGAACAUCGGGGACUCGUUGCUGGAGCACAGCGCCGAUGCCCUGCAGGAUCACGAGACUCGCGGCAUAUACUGUUACCCGGUGGAUGAGAAGUUGGCAAAGUUGUGGGAGAACAGCCGCGCCGCCCGGUCCGAGUUGCGGGAACACGCGCCCCUGGUCCGCCGGGCGGUGGGGCUUGGACGUGGUGCGCUGGACCCGCUGGCGUUGCUGGCGGCGCUGUGCGGGCCCGACAGGGAGGUGCUGUCGCUCAACGUGUACGACAUGCAGGAUGCCCUCGGCAAGGACGAGCGCAUGGCGGCGGUGACACGGGUUAUGGUGACCGCCACGGCGCAGGGUUUUGAUUCCCCUUUCUCCCUCGCCCUCCCCACCCGUCCCCGGGAGAAGGGCGAGGCCACCACCAAGCGGCGAGCUGACGAACAUCGGCCCCGGGAGCAACAAGUGCUUGUACGGCCUAUACGACACCCCAUGUUCAAGAACGUGUCUCAGGUGGACGCCAACGCAGCUCUGGGCAAGGAGGAUGUGGUGGUGGGGUCGUGUAUCAUCCGGCCUAACGUGCGGGGUAACCCCAACGUGUUGGACGUGUCUAUCAAGACGGCUCACGGACCCGCCUCCGGCAUACCCACCAUCAUGGUGGUGCAGCUGCAGGAGGGCGAUAAGCCCCAGGGGCGAGCCGCGCACCUGACUUUGGCCCCGCCGUUCAGUGUCGAUUUGAAUUACUGCGGACUUGGGACCGCCAAGUACGAGGACCUGGACCAGGUGGUUGCAGAGUUCGUUGAGCCGCUGGUUCAGAACUGCAUGGCGGUUACCAGUCACAGGAAGUACAUGGAUGCGGCCCAGGCGGUGGUUGAGGACCGAAUACGGCAGGAGAAGCAAGCCAACCCCAAAGUCCAUCCGUACUACCUAACAAUACACAAAUCGGUUCACAAGGAGCCCUUCCACGCCACCCCCAAGGGCUUCUACUUCCGCUCCAAAACCUUCACCGACAUUGAGCACGUGCUGGCCACCUUUAAGAAACAGCCAGUCGACCCGUCCAAACGCGCUGGUGCACACCGGGGCUCCGAAGCCGCGGGUGGCUACCCAUCGGGCCCGGGGGGUGGAGGAGGGGGGCACCGAGAUAUGCCCCGCAUGCGGACCGGAAUGCAGGGCGGCGGCCAGUACGGCGGGGGCAUGCCGUACGGGCAGUACGGCUCGUAUUACGGCGGUGGAGGCGGCGGUGUGGGGGGGAGCCAGUACCCGCCGACGCAGGCGUACGGCGGGGGUCACGGCAUGUACGGCGGUGGCGGGCAGCACUACACUGGUGGCCGGGGCGGCGGCGGUGGAUACCCGCCGCCGCCGCCGCCGUACGGCUCCCAAGGCGCUGGGUCGUACCAGUACGGCCAGCAAGGUGGUGGGGGUGGAGGAUACAGUGGGUGGUAG